AUGCGUCUUCUCAAGAUUGAAGAUAAUGGAGGCCUCUCUUUCGCUGAGUUCGACGAAGACACUAAGCCGCCGUAUGCGAUACUUUCGCACAGGUGGGGAAGGGAAGGGACAGAGGUAACCUUCGAAGAUUUGCAAGAAAACACAAGAGAAGAUAAGCUCGGCUAUAAGAAGAUUCGCCUCUGUGGGAAACAAGCAGAGCGAGAUGGGUUGCAGUAUUUCUGGGUCGAUACUUGUUGCAUCAAUAAGGCAAACAAGGCUGAGCUGUCGCUGGCUAUCCAGUCCAUGUUUCGCUGGUACCGGGAAUCGGCUCGAUGUUAUGUCUAUUUGUCGGAUGUCUCGAGCCCACCCCUGGGCACUAUCCUAGCAUCUGGCCUGCAGAAAUCCGAAGUCCAAAACAGCGAAUGGUUCACCCGAGGCUGGACACUCCAGGAACUCCUCGCACCUAGCUCGGUCGAAUUCUUCUCCCAAGAAUGGGAGAAACUUGGUGAUAGAAAAUCACUAGUACAACAAGUGCACGAGGCAACUGGGAUUCCAUAUCUAGCGCUGCAAGGAGGUGCCUUAUCGCAGUUCAGUGUCAGCGAUCGGCUGCGGUGGAUUGAAUACCGGCAUACCACAUGUCCAGAAGACAAAGCAUACUCCCUGGCGGGUGUUGUCGACGUCGAUCUGGCGCCAUGUUAUGGCGAAGGUGUUGAGGGAGCGUUUAGGCGACUUCACGACGAGAUCGACAAAUCAAGCCGAUGUAUCCAAGACCUAUGUGGCACAGACUCGCGGAAAGACAAGCAGCGUAUUGAGGAGAUGAAAGGCGGCCUAUUGAAAGAUGCAUACAGUUGGGUCCUUCACAAUGAUAGUUACACGCAUUGGCACGCGGACCCGGAGAGCCGGGUGUUGUGGGUCAAGGGUGACCCUGGCAAAGGCAAGACGAUGUUGCUUUGUGGCAUCAUUAAUGAAUUGGAGACGUCUACCCCGAUGAGGUAUGGAACGACAGUGUCGUACUUCUUCUGCCAGGCCAACGACCCGCGGAUUAAUAGCGCUACGGCUGUAUUACGUGGAUUAUUGUACUCGCUUGUGAGCCAGCAGCCAUCACUUGUGUCUUGCGUGCGUAAAAAGUACGAUCACAUAGGGAGAAAAAUGUUCGAGGACGCGAACGCAUGGAUUACCUUGGAAGACAUAUUUGCGGAUGUGCUACAGAACCCAGGCCUUCCUCCUAUUACCUACCUGAUCAUCGAUGCGUUAGACGAGUGCGUUACUGACUUACCAAAGCUUCUUGAUUUUAUCAUAAGGCAUUCGUCUACCUCCCGCGUUAAGUGGAUUGUUUCUAGCCGUAACUGGCCAGAGAUCGAGGAUCGCCUAGAGCAAGCUGGCUCCAAAGUCAGGCUUAGCCUUGAGCUAAAUCCGGCUUCUGUUUCGAGGGCGGUCGAAUUUUUCACUGAGCAAAGAGUCUUUGAACUUGCGAAGCAGAACAACUAUGAUGAGCGAACUCAGCGCGCCGUGCUAGAUCAUCUAGCGUUGAAUGCGAACGACACCUUCCUCUGGGUAGCCCUGGCGUGCCAGCAUCUUCAAGUGACGGCGAGGCGAAACGUCCUGAGAAAACUACAAUUAUUUCCACCUGGAUUAGAUGCCCUAUACGAGCGAAUGAUGCAACAUAUUAGUAAGAAGGAUGAUGCUGAGCUCUGCAAGCAGGUAUUGGCUGCGGUCACGCUCGUCUACCGGCCUAUCACGCUCGAUGAGCUUGUGACACUUGUUGCGCCACUCGAAGAAGUAACUAGUGACGCAGAGUUACGGGAGAUCAUCGGUCUUUGUGGCUCUUUCCUCACCCUAAGCGAACAGACUUUGCACUUUGUGCACCAAUCAGCCAAAGACUUCCUCCUUGCUAAGGCUUCCCAGGAAAUUUACCCGACUGGGCAGGAAGCUGCCCAUCAGGCCAUCUUUACCAGGUCACUUCAAGUCAUGUCAACAACCCUAAAAAGGGACAUGUACGGGCUGAAAGCGAUAGGCACGCUGAUCGAAGACGUUCAAAAGCCUAAUCCAGACCCAUUAGCAGCUGUUCAUUAUUCCUGUAUUCACUGGAUCGACCAUCUAUGUGAAUCAAAGCUCACGGCUUCCACGCCUGAUCCAGAACAUCUGCGAGAUGGAGGGGUUGUUGGUAGGUUUCUGAAAACACUAUUUCUAUACUGGCUAGAAUCCCUCAGCCUUUGUAAGAGUAUGUCCUACGGCGUAGUCUCUAUGAGAAAGCUAUAUAUGUUAGCACAGAAACAAGGGACGAUGGCUCCCCUCACUCAGCUUGUGUACGAUGCGUACCGUUUCAUCAUGUAUCACAACCAAACGAUUGAAAUCAGCCCUCUUCAGACGUACAUAUCUGCGUUGUUGUUCAGCCCGACAGAUAGUCUGAUCAGGAAAUCUUACCAUCACGAAGCACCUGAAUAUAUCUCAAUCACAACAGCUAUGGUGAGCACCUGGGAUGCAUGCCUACAAACGCUUGAGGAACAUACCGGAGUUGUCAACUCAGUAGUCUUCUCUCAUGAUUCAUCGCGUAUCGUAUCUGGGUCAUCUGAUCACACGGUCAAGAUCUGGGAUGCCAGCAGCGGAGCCUGCCUCUUAACACUGAGAGGCCAUGGCUCUGAUGUGCUCUCAGUAGCCUUCUCUCAUGACUCGUCACGAGUCAUUUCAGGGCUAUUGAAUGCCACGGCCAAGGUCUGGGAUACCAACAGCGGGGCUUGCCUUUUAACAAUGAGAGGUCACAGAGAAUCUAUCAGCUCAGUAGCCUUCUCCCAUGAUUCCUUCUGGAUCACCUCCGGGUCAGACGACUCCACUGUCAAGAUCUGGGACUCAGAUAGUGGAUAUUGCAUCCGGGCAGUUAAACAUGGCAGCAGGAUUGACUCAUUAGCCUUUUUUCACCGCUUUAAUCGACUGGUGUCAACAUGUUUCAAUGAUAAUACGAAGGGAGUAAGGGUUUGGGACAUAAAGGAAGGCAAACCUUCAAAAAAUAUCCCAAUUCCUUAUAGCAGCUCCAAGUCAGUAUUCGUCUCGCGUGAUUGCACUAGAAUUGCGUCAGUCGAUGUGCUGACUUCCCACCGAGAAGUUGACAUUUGGGAUUUGGACAGUGGCAAGUGGCUGAAGACACUCGAGGGGCAUGAUGAUGACGUUCGCUUGGCAACUUUCUCGCAUGACUCGACGAAGUUAGCAUCUACGUCAUUUGGCGGCACUAUCAAAAUCUGGGAUGUGAUUACUGGACAGAACGCCCCAAGAGGCUAUGAUGGCAAAGUUGAAUUAGUAGUCUUCUCUUCCGACUCGGCACUACUAGCAUCUGGAUUCAGCGAUGGAACAAUCGGAAUCUGGUGCGCAGACAGUGGAGAGUGUUUCCAAAUCCUCCAGCACAAUGAUUACAGAUGCUCUGAUCCCAAGAACUAUGGUUUUCAUGUCACCUCAAUGGUCUUUUCUCAUAACUCGGCCUUGCUAGGAUCUGCAUCAUUGAAUGGAAUAAUUAAAACAUGGAACGUAAGUGACGGAAAAUGCCUCCACAUACUGAACAACAACGGUCCUGUCGACACUGUAGACUUCUCACACAACUCUGCCUGCCUGGCUUCGGCAUCCUCUACCGAAAAGGGUUUUACUAGUAAGGUGUGGGACCUGAGCAAUAGCAGGUGCAUCCAAACCUUUUCGUCUGAUGAUACCUGGGGUACAGAAACUCUUUUCAACACGCCAGCCAUAUCCCACGACUUGGCCCAGCUAGCAUUGGCAUCUAGCAGGUUCGCAAUCAACGUUUGGAACAUUAACAAAGGCGAGAGACUCCACACGCUGGAGGGUCAUAAAGAAAUAGUACUCUCGAUGGCCUUCUCCAAGGACUCGGCGCUUCUUGCAUCCAAAUCGUUCGACAGGAUGGUGAAGAUCUGGGAUCUUAAAUGCGGUAUUUGCCUUGAGACUUACCAAACUGAUGAUAUGGAUUUACGCCUAAAAUUCGAAACUAUUGGACCAUAUCUUCAUGUCGGCACUGGCACUAUCGAUAUUAGCGCUGCGCGAGGCCCAUGGUCGAUCUCAGAUCCUUCCAAGCCUAGGAUUCCUCAAUACCACGGCAUUGGUCUAAGCCAGCGUAUGGAGUGGAUAACCCAUAACUCAAAGCUCCUUGCUCGGAUACCUCCAGAACAUCGGCCAGGAUACAUGUUCCAGAAUCAUUGGACGGUGUCAGGGAAUACUAUUGCUAUUGCCAACAAUUCCGGAACCAUGUGGAUAUGUCAAGUCGAUGUCGAUAGGCUUUUAGCUUUGGGAUCGUGA